AUGAGUGCGCCAAAAAAAAGUAAAACUUAUCAUUUCAACGAUGAAUGGGAAGAAGAAUUCUUAUUUACCAUGGUGAAAGACAAGUGUAUUUGUCUUGUUUGUCGAGCUUCAGUAGCUUUGCCUAAACGCGGCAACUUAGAAAGGCAUCAUAAAUCCUUGCAUAAAAUUUACGAAAGUGAUUUUCCUCUCAAAAGUGAAAUAAGACGUCAGAAAGUUCAAGAUCUGAAAGGAGAUAAAUCUGACGCACUGUUAAAACGUCAGUAAGAGCAUACAACUCAAUAGUGGGGAAAUAAGCUGGUUUGCCGAUAAUAACCUUAAGCACCGCUCUUUGAGCUCUUUCUAGUCGCAAAAGUUCUGUUUUUCCUGAGCUUCCCCAGACGGAGAUACAAUAUGAAAGAACAGAUUGUCCCAAUGCAUAGUAGACUUUUUUUAAUGUAUCAUAAUCAGCUACAUGUCUGAGGUUCUUGAAGACGUAAAUAAGUUUUCUGAUACGACCAACCGUGUUUUUUAUAUGUACCUUCCAUGUCAACAGACCAUCCACGUGUACUCCCAAAUAUCUAAUCUGGGUUACAUGUGUAAUUUGAGUACAUUCACAAUUUACACAUGUUUGUGGAGGAGACUUAUGAGCAAAGAUAUGGAACGGGAAGGAUGGUAAAGACACUCUAGCAGGGGAAAAAGUUAUGAAGUUAGUUUUCGUUAGAUUUAAUGUUAAUAAAUUUAGGGAUAGCCAUUUCAUAACAAUAUGCAGAGCGAAUUCCGCAUUAGCAUGAACAUUUAACCAAUCUGUACCAUGCACUAGUAAAGCAGUAUCAUCUGCAUAUAUUAAAAUUCUACAGUUUGGCAGAGUGAGUUUGCAAAGUUCAUUUAUAUAUAUAUUGAAAAGGGUAGGUCCUAAGACGCUUCCCUGGGGGACACCGAAAUGGAGAUUCUCAUCAUGGCUAACGAUGUCAUCUAUUUUAACACAUUGACGGCGGUUACUAAGGUAGCUCUCGAAAAUUUUGUGAACCACACCCCUGAUCCCAAUCUCCGACAGCUUGUUCAAUAGGAGCGGGACGGAAACUGUGUCAAAGGCCUUAGAAAGAUCUAGAAAAAGCCCAAUAGUUUGAACUUUUGAGUUAAAGUUUUUUAUUACUGCUCCUGUCAGAUCAAGCAAGGCAUCUUCAGUGGACUUUCCUCGACGGAAGCCAUAUUGGUUAUCCGCAAUUAUAUUAUUGGUAUCGAGAUAACCGAGGAGCCUACAAUUUAAGAUCUUUUCAAGGAUUUUGGAUAGCGUAGUUAAAACGGAUAUAGGUCUAUAAUUGUUGACACUGCCAAUCCACUGAUAUGAUUGACACUGCCCAGCUAUGUGUGUUUAUUCGGAUGGCAUUUCCAGAUACGUCGUCUAAAGAAGAGUUCUUAACAAUCAUACCUUUGAAAGAAACCACUCGCGGUUCAGACAUAUACGAUGCUUUUCUAAGUUUUGCGAAAAACUACGAGCUGCCUCUGUAUAAACUAGUGUGCAUAACAACAGAUGGAGCACCAUCAAUGACUGGAAAGACUAAUGGAUUUGUGGCACUGUGCAGAGCUAAUGAAGACCUCCCAUCUUUUUUUUCUUUUCAUUGCGUCAUUCAUCAGCAGGUGUUGUGUUCGAAAGUACUGAACAUGGCAGAUGUGAUGAGCAUCACUAUGAAGAUCGUAAAUUCUAUACGAGCCAGAAGCUUGCAACGACGCCUCUUCAAAGUGCAAUUGGAGGCCAGCGAAUCUGAGCACACAGAUUUAUUGCUCCAUACAGACGUAAGGUGGCUGAGCCGGGGAAAGUUCUUAGAACGGUUUCAAGAAUUACUACCUGAAAUCAUUUCUUUUCUGGAUCAAAGGGGUGAUGACACGGAGAUUCUUAAAAGUGAAAGUUGGCUGUGUGAUUUGGCUUUCCUUACUGAUGUGACUGGUCAUUUGAAUUCUAUAAACCUGGAACUACAAGGGAAAGAUAAAACUAUUAUGGACAUGAUUAGCACAAUUAACUCAUUUAAAAGUAAAUUGCAGCUUCUGAUCAACCAACUGAAAAAAAAGGACUUGAAAAAUUUUGCGUGUUUGAAAGCAAAAACAAGCGCCGUAAUAAAUUAUAAUAAAUACGAAACAGAACUUGGAAAUAUUCUCAGCGAGUUUGAAAGACGUUUUUCUGACUUACAAAAAUUGACGAACGUUGUUACUUUCAUGAUUUAUCCUUUUUCUUGUGUGGAUGUUGAAAUUACUGCUUCUGAAAUAUCGAACACUUUUGACAUGGAUUUGUCUUCUCUCGAAAACGAGAUGAUACAGAUCAUUUCAGAUGUUCACCUAAAAGCCAAAGCAACAGAUAUCAGUUUUUGGUCUCUUUUGACCCAAGAAAAAUACCCAAGUCUCCAACAAAUCGCACAGCAAUUAACUGCUUUGUUUGGGUCGACGUAUUUGUGCGAAUCUGCGUUUUCUGAAAUGAAAAUAAUUAAAUCCAAAUACCGCAAUCGACUUACCGACGAACAUUUGUCUUCCUGUUUACGUUUGGCACUUACUAAAUACGUGCCUUCCUAUGAGAAAUUAGCAGAAAAUACGCAGUGCCAUGCAUCGACCUCUAUGUAA